AUGGCUGGUUCUGGCGAUAGAGGAAGUUCCUCAAUGCUAUCCAUGAUGGAUGAUCCCUUUAUCACCAAGCCGCAAGGGGCGCGGAACCCCCUGGAGUCAAACAACCACUCUUCCUUCGAUGCGCAACUGUUCAGUCUGGAUGCAUCCUCGCCGGCGCAAGCCAAACGGGCUCUUGAAGCCCAUUUGGCGGAGACCGAGCGUCGGCUUGAAGAAGCGUCCAAGCUAGGAACCGCCCUCGUUGAGCAGCGGAAGGAGUUAGAGGAUAAGCUCAAGGAAGUCGAGCAGCAGCAGGAAGAGGGACAAAUUGGACCAGAUCUACGCCGGAAGCUGGCUGACUUGGAGCGCGAGUACACCGAAAUUGGGCGCGAGACUGCGCGAGCUUUCCUUGGCCCGAAACGUCUUGCUGGUGGGGAUGACGCUCAUCUGGGUACCCCGUCUUUCGAUCACAAGUCGCCCCUGAGUUCAGCACUCUUUGCCGGCCAAGCUACGAACUCCCCGAGCAAAGUGAGCGUCCCGUCACGGAAGCAACGAAAUCAACCUUCUACCCGCGUCCACGAUAUCGAGUUUGCGACAGAAAUCUCCACCUCCUUACUCGCUCAAGUGCGCCAACUACAAUCCCUUCUAGCCGAACGUGAGGAUGCUCUGAAGACCAUCAACCUGGAAAAGUCAAGACUUGAGCUGGAAGCGGAAGGAUACGCGCAACGUAUACGGGCUCUGGAUGAGAGCGAGGAACGGUACAAGGAUGAGAACUGGGCGCUGGAAACCAAGACACACGAGCUUAUAGCCUCCGCGAAGGAGGCUGCAGACCGUGAAAGCAAACUUAAAAGUAGUCUGGGAGCGGUUACUGCGGAGAAAACUGCCAUGGAACGCGAAUUGGAGGAUCUCAAGCAGACCAACGCCAAACUUAUCGAGGAACAUACGGCCGCGCAAAAAGCCAAUGAUGCCGAAAUCCAUCUACUGCGCCGAAACGUUACUGCCGGAGAUGCUGAGAAGCUUGCCCUUCAGCGGAAGCUUGAAGAGAUGAACUCACAGAACCAGGAGCUUGCAAAAGCCGUGGCAAUGCGCUUGCGCCACCAUGACUCUGACUCUAUUCGCGAAGUAGCCCGUGGACAUGAUUCCGACGACGAAGACCAAGCGACACCCGAGAACUCGCCUCCGCCCUCACCAAGCAAGUUUACUCCUCGCCAUAAUCACCUCGAGACUGAAACUCUCCGAAGCUCGCUCGGCCAUGCUCACCGUAUGAUUCAAAACCUGAGGAGCACCGUUCACCGAGAGAAGACCGAGAAGAUCGAGCUCAAGCGCAUGCUCCAGGACGCCCGGGAUGAAAUUGAGCAACGCCGUCGUGAUUCAAAUGCUCCUGGUGGAACCAACAAGCGACAAAAGACGAAGGUUGACGCGACACGCAAGCCGGCGCGCCCAGACUUAUUGGGUGCUGGACGGAAGAAGGCCGAGGUCGAGAUUCACGAUUCCGACUGGGAGGAUAAUGCUGCCGACAUAAGCCCAACUCAAAAAGCGUUCCGCAGCUCUCGCAUUCGCCACGAAGACCAGUCAACGGAUGAACGUAGCGAUGCGUACCAGACCGCGACAGAGGCCGAGGAUGCGUUUGAGACAGCCAAUGAGAGAGAGACAACAACCGAAAGUGAAGCAUUCCAGACCGGCGUGGAGAGUAUGGCUGGGGAAAGCACCGACAGUGAUGAGCUUACGGAGACCGAGGAUCGCGUUAAUCGCACCCCCCGUGAACGAGUGUCUUCUCUCACCUUGGCGAAGGCGCGUGAUCGGACGUCUUAUUACAGUACAGCCUCCACUUCUGCGGAUGAGGAUGAUAGCGAAGAUCCCGGCACGCCUUCUGCUAGCCAAUUCUCUACUCCUAGAUACCGCCUGCGCAAGAAGAGGAGCGUCCUCCGGAAGAUUCGCCCAUCAGGCGAAGCCCCAAUGGCAUUUGGCAGCCGGCCGUCAAGCGCAAGAGAAUCUCCGGCAACCAGCUUCACAAGAGAGACAUCAAUGGCGCCUGAGGGCCAAAGUUUAUUCGCGGAAUUGGCUGAACUUGAUGGAGACGACGAUGAGGAUGGAAGCUUCGGUCCGCCGAUGCAGUUCGAUGCGGGAUCUCCGUCUACUCCGCGUAUGAAUCUUGCCCCAGACUCCAGAAGACCCUCCGAAAUCACACUUGACUCUCCGUCCAAGCCGCCGAGACCCGCUAUGGUGGACUCUGGUGUCAUGACAGAUCCUUGGGAACCUGCGUCCGCGCAAAUUGCACCGGCAGCUAUGGCCGUUGCGGGCGGAGCUGUCAACAGCGUUCCUGCUACGCCUAAGAGAAUUUCUACGUCGGAUGCCGGCACUGGCACGGAAGUGGCAGAGUCACCGACGCUGGUCAAUUCAGGAACCCAGUGGACCCCACUGAAACCCGCCACGGAACUCAACGGCGACCAGGUCUCGAGCGUACCUACCCCGCCGAAGAUGGUGUGGGACGGGCGUAAUGUGGAUGAGCAGGUAGAGGACGUCGAGACCCCUGGCUCACCAGUUCAGUUGGAUGUUUCGUCAAUCUCGUCGGAAGAGACCGAGCCUGUGGCGCCGAGGUACCCGGAGUUGGGCACUUCGUACGUCGUGGGUGGUACAGUCGAGCCUAUUGCUCUGCCUCCUCCUGUGCUGCCCGAGUUCGCCCUUUCGUCAAUAUCGUCACAGUCCAGCGAACCAGAGGUACCUGUUGUUGUCCUUAUCCCUGCCCCGCCGGAGCUUUCGUUGUCUACAAUCGCAUCGCAGUUCAGUGAACCAGUGGUGCCUGUUGUUGCUCCCAUCCCUGCCCCGCCGCAGCUUUCCAUGUCUACAAUCGCAUCGCAAGUCAGUGAACCAGUGGUGCCUGUUGUUGCUCCCAUCCCUGCCCCGCCGCAGCUUUCCAUGUCUACAAUCGCAUCGCAAGUCAGUGAACCAGUGGUACCCGUCGCUGCUCCUCUUCCCACACCGCCUGAGCUUGCUAUGUCAACGAUAUGGUCCCAAUUCAGCGAGCCGGAGGUGCCUGUCCUUCCUCCUGCCCCUGCGGUAGCGGAGCUGGCCUUGUCGUCAGUUUCGUCACAGUCCAGUGAGCCAGAGGCGCCCACCAUUGCCCCCGCUCCUGCGGUCGAGCCAGUAUACAUACCGCAGGUGGCAUUUUCUGAAUUCUUCACAGAGCAGACGCUCCCUGUCUCCCCUAGUCUCCCUGACCCCACACCUGAACCUGUGUUCACUUCCACGGAGCAGGGCACAAGCACAGAAAUCGCGGAGUUAUCCGUUUCAAUCAUUUUCUCGCAAGAGACUGAACCGGUUGAACCGGUUGAGCCCACUCCUGAGCCUGAAGUUGUUCUCGCGGAUGUAGAGGAGACUGCUCCAGAGCCCGCCCUUCCUGAGCUGACGAUCUCUUUCAUUGCUCCGGAAUACACGGAACCGGUUGCGCCGACAGUCAAGGAAGUUAUCCUCCCACCAGUACCGCGAUUGACACUCUCGACCAUUUCUUCGGUGGAAACACCACCUGUCGAGUACACCCCUGCCAUAGUGUUCUUACCGACACACCCGACCGUUGAGAGCGAUGAUUUGAUCAGUAAAGGGGCUGGUUCUUCCAGGUCAAACAAGGAUGCCCCACCUGUCGUUCUCGUCGAAGACAGCACAGACAAGGAUUCUGCGGCCGAGAGCGCUGACCGACAAAAUGGUGCGACAUUGCCCCUGGGCGCGAUUUCUGGCAAUGCGGCUCCCCGUCGCGCAAGGGCCGACUCGUCCAACCUGGCCGACCAGGGGGCCCAGACCAUCCUGUCAUCCAAGCAGAUCGACCAACUCCUGAUGGACCGCGUCUCUUCUAGACCACUGUCCCCUCCCGAAAGUGACAAGGCAAAGGAACUCGGCAAUUCACCCUUUGUUACGCCCAAGGUGCGAUCGCGACCUGCUCCUCAGGCUUCGACUUCCUCCCUUCACAAGCGACCCGGGAGUGCCGCCAGCCAAGCGUCUAGUAUGCAGAACCACCCGCCACUACCUGCGGACCACAAGGAGGCCAUCUUGGCGGCGGAGAAGAAAUCCUUCGAGCAGCGGCCGACCUCUGCAGGUUUGAUGGGACCGCCACUCGCCCCAGCUUCAGCGUAUAGGCCAAAUGCUACCCAGCGCCCGUGGACUCCAAAUGAAACAGGCGCUCACCUCGGCUCAGCAAAGACAACCACAUCACGAGCCAGCUUGAGACGCGAGAGCGCCAUGUCCCGGCGAUCCUCAGUUUCCUCGUUCGCGUCCGAGAUUGAGGAGCGCUUCAACAUGCAGCCGAACCAGGCUUUCCCACCACAGGGAUAUGGCAUGGGAACCGAUCCCCGGAUGAUUCAAGCCAUCACACAGACAAUGAUCGGUGAAUUCCUCUGGAAGUACACCCGCAGAGCCGUUUCAGGAGAAAUCUCCAACACUAGACACCGCCGCUACUUCUGGGUCCAUCCAUACACACGAACACUGUACUGGAGUGAACAAGAUCCGCAGUCCGCUGGAAAGAGCGAGAUUCGAACAAAGAGUGUCUUGAUCGAAGCGGUUCGAGUGGUGGCUGACGACAACCCCUACCCGCCUGGCCUUCACUGCAAGAGUCUCGAAGUCGUCAGCCCGGGUCGUAGGAUCAGGUUCACCGCUACCACGAGCCAGAGGCACGAGACGUGGUUCAAUGCGCUUUCGUAUUUGUUGGUACGAAAUGGACCGGAAGACGAAGACCCAGAGAAUGGUGUUACCCUCGAGGACAUUGACGAAUUCAACCCUGGCUUCCGUUCCCGCUCGCGCAACACUGCAAGGAUGUCAAUUUCGUCACAGCAAAGCCGGCCCCGAAAUCUCCCCAAGCAACGUUCAGGGUCAGCCAUGUCGUUGCGCCCUAGUCUGACACCCGGUCGGUCGUCACCGUAUCCUCCGUCGCAUUACUCUGAUCAAGCUAGGCAGACAUCGGCCUCUCGACUAAGUUCCAUUUUCAACUCGACAAUCAAGGGCUCCUUUGGACGAAAGGGUCCCGGGUAUGCGGCGUCCAGCGUCAACGAAGGCAGUCUCCACAAUCAUGAUAGCGAAGAGGACCUUCGACAAAUGAUGGAGAGACAGGAACAGGACGACUCUCGGCUGGAGAAUGUCCGUGCCUGUUGCGACGGAAAACACGAUGUCGGCUCGCUGUCGAGGACGAGUCGCUACAGCCCCCGCGGUAACCGAAUCCACUCCCACCACCACUGA